UUUUACCGGUUGGUUUGUCUGUUUUGAUAAUUUGAUAAAAAAUUAACGAAAAAGAGUACUUUCUUAAACUUAUAGAAGCUGUGAAUCAUUCUGAUAUUAUUUUCGGUGUUCGUUAGAUAUUAUUACUAAUUAUGGAAGCUCUUAUACCAGUUAUCAAUAAAUUGCAAGACGUUUUUAAUACAGUGGGAGCUGAUGCCAUUCAAUUACCUCAAAUAGUCGUUUUAGGAACUCAGAGUUCCGGUAAGAGUUCAGUGAUCGAGAGUUUAGUAGGGCGCUCAUUUCUACCCAGGGGGCCAGGGAUUGUGACUCGACGGCCUCUCAUCCUGCAACUGGUAUACAGCCCUAAGGACAGCAAAGAGCAUCGCUCGGCAGAAGAAGGUACAGUAAACCUAGAAGAAUGGGGCAAGUUCCUACAUACGAAGGACAAGAUCUAUACGGACUUCGACGAGGUCCGGCGCGAGAUCGAGCGCGAGACGGACCGCAUGGCCGGGAACAACAAGGGCAUCUGCCCCGAGCCCAUCAACCUCAAGAUAUACUCCACCAGGGUCGUCAACCUCACCCUCGUAGAUCUGCCCGGUAUCACCAAGAUACCAAUAGGUGACCAGCCAGAAGACAUAGAGAACCAAAUAAGGAACUUGAUAAUCAAGCAUAUUGCCAACCCGAACUCUAUAAUCCUGGCAGUAACAGCUGCAAAUACUGACAUGGCUACCAGUGAGGCUAUCAAAAUGGCCAAAGAAGUAGACCCCGAUGGCAGGAGGACUCUUGCUGUGGUCACCAAACUUGAUCUCAUGGAUGCCGGAACUGACGCUAUAGACAUCCUGUGCGGGCGGGUGAUUCCCGUCAAACUGGGGAUCAUUGGUGUGGUCAACAGAUCGCAACAAGAUAUUAUAGAUAAGAAGACAAUUACGGACGCGUUAAAAGACGAGGCGACGUACCUGCAACGGAAGUACCCUACAAUUGCGACGCGCAAUGGCACGCCGUACUUAGCAAAGACUCUUAACAGACUGCUCAUGCACCAUAUACGGGACUGCCUUCCGGAACUCAAGGUGCGCGUUAACGUGAUGAUAUCUCAGUUCCAAUCGUUACUCAACUCGUACGGCGAGGAUGUCUCGGACAAGUCUCAGACUCUACUACAAAUCAUUACUAAGUUCGCCAGCGCGUAUUGUUCGACCAUCGAGGGCACGGCGAGGAAUAUCGAGACCACUGAGCUGUGUGGUGGCGCUAGGAUAUGCUAUAUAUUCCACGAGACCUUCGGACGCACUCUCGAUUCUAUACAUCCUUUAGUUGGACUAACGCGCAUGGAUAUCCUGACGGCGAUCCGCAACGCGACGGGUCCGCGCCCCGCGCUCUUCGUGCCCGAAGUGUCCUUCGAGCUACUAGUCAAGCGUCAGAUUAGAAGACUCGAAGACCCUUCACUUCGUUGUGUUGAAUUGGUGCACGAGGAGAUGCAGCGCAUCGUGCAGCACUGCGGCACGGAGGUGCAGCAGGAGAUGUUGCGCUUCCCGCGCCUGCACCAGCGCAUCGUGGACGUUGUCACGCAGCUUCUGCGCACGCGCCUGCCCGCCACCAACUCCAUGGUGGAGAACCUAGUGGCGAUCGAGCUGGCGUACAUCAACACGAAGCACCCUGACUUCCACCGCGAGGCAGCUCUGGUGUCCGGGCUGCUCAAGAGCACGGACGGGCUGGUGGAGGAGCACAGCCCCAUGUACCGCCAGAAGACGCCUCGCGCCGCGCCCUCACCGGUAUCCAACAUGUUCAAACUCUUUCUACGGAAAAUGGGUGAAAGAGGGUCCACCCUAGUAUUCUUGGCAAAUGCAUUGGAUUCUUAUACCCAGCAUGUGCCAGCUAUCACAGACGGCCACGAGAACAAAACUCCGCCCCAUUCUGCCAACAGUGAAUCUCCAUCCACACCUCAGAUGAACGGCUCUCCCGAGAACAAAGUGCUGACUCCACAGAAGCCAGUGAACCUUCUGCCAGAAGUGCCGAGCCACACGUCACGCAAGCUCUCUGAACGCGAACAACACGACUGUGACGUCAUCGGUGGACGGAGCGACCACACAACCAAAUAUAGUAACACACAGUUUGAAGGCAUCAGCAUGAUGCAAUUGAACCAAAUGGGUGACCUAGUUGAGCGGCUGAUCAAGUCAUACUUCUACAUCGUGCGCAAGUCGAUACAGGACUCUGUUCCGAAGGCGGUGAUGCAUUUCCUGGUGAACUAUGUCAAGGACAACCUGCAGUCGGAGCUGGUCACCCAUUUGUAUAAGUCCGACCAUGCGGAGACGCUGCUCAACGAGUCCGAGCACAUCGCGCAGCGCAGAAAGGAGGCCGCUGACAUGCUCAAGGCCUUGCAGCGCGCCGGCCAGAUAAUAAGUGAGAUCAGGGAAACGCACAUGUGGUGAUGGCUGCCCGGCUGGGAGGACUCUAGUCUGUGAAUUAGUGAAUUUGGGCCCAGAGCUCUGUACAUACUCCUUUAGCGUAGGUAAAUUAUGUGCAUUAGGCUUUUUUACUUAUGAAUAUGUUCACAUACAUUUGCUUUUACCAUGAUUUUAUAAUUUUCUGCUCUCUUGUUGAUAUGAAUUAGAUAAUUUGCUCAUGACAAUCUGAUUUGGUCAGAUUUUAGUCUAAAUUGUUUAUAGAAGGUACCAAAAAUCUGAGUCAAAGCAGAAAAUGUAGAAGCAAAUGCAUGAUAGCAGCAAUAGGGAUGUUGUAUUGGCACUUAUUAUCAAAGCAUUCUUGAAAAUAUGCAAAAAGUGUUAUUAUUUUUAUCAUGCAUUCAUCAUGCUAUAAAGUUAUUAUGGUGCAGGUAAAACCGUUUGCAUUGUUUAUCGUUUUAUGAAAGAAGUAGUAGGUACUUACUAAUGGAAUGUACGACUUGUGCCAAUGAAUUUGUUUUUGAAAAUCUGGUCAAAAUUAUUCACGUUAUCAUUGCACAAAUGUAUUGCUGUUAUUCUCAGUUACCAUUUCAUUGAUAGUGAUGUAUUUAAAUGUAUGCACAUAACGUAAGUUAACUUUGAAAUGUACUCAUCGUAGAGGUUAUUCAGUGAUAUUACUUGUAACGUCUGCUAUAUUGGUGUUAUUAUCCAAACGAUGGACUGCUGGCAGAUUUUAUUACAUUUUAUGAACUGUAGUUUUACAAUCUGUUUAUUCACUAUAAAAUUUAAUUCUUUAGACUGAAUAAAUUUGCUUACAUUGAACUUGUUACUUUUUAAACACAGGGUUGGUUAUAUUUUAUUAAAUUGAUAAUAGUUACGUUUGUGUCCGUGAUUCCUCAAGACAUUAGUGCUUUGUAGGCUUUGCAUUGUUUUAAAGUAUUGAUAAGUUCCUCGUUCUUUGAUAGAUAUAAUUCCGCAUGCUGUGUUAUCUUCAUUUGCGUUUAGUCAUGUUGUGUCAUGUCCAGGCGGCAGUGAUUUAUUUAUUUGUAACAUCGAUCUAGCGUAGCGAGUAUUCCAAUGUUACACAAUGUAUUUAUUGUUACAAUUCAAGGUGUGAUUUGCUUUACGUAUCGAACGAAACCAAUAAUUUAAUGUUACACAAAAGUAAGAUCGUAUUUAAAAGUCUGUUAUAUUAAAAUAGAUUAUGUCAUCGUCAA